AUCCUUUCCAAUCAACUAGAAGGGAACGUGAAACCAUGAAACUAGAGUACUAUUUUAAAUAUCAAUCUUUGAAGCAAAGAUGGAAAAAAGUUCUCAAGUUGUUGAGUCCUCCUGGAUCAGAAGAUGAAUUUGAAAUGCAUAACAAUUACAAGUCAUUAAAAACAGGCCCACAAAGUUCCAAUCAUGCUCUGCAAAUUGACGAAGCCCAACAAGAAAUAUUGAAAUUUCAGGGAGACGUCUACGCAAAUAGACAGCCACUAAGGGAAGAUGAUGCUUCUUCCAUUAAGAAAUAUAUAAGAAUCAUUGACAAAGAUGUCCCUCGAACCGAUAGAGAGCACCCGCUCUUUGCAGGUGACAAGAAUCCAAACCUAACACUUCUUCGUGACAUUCUCAUUACGUUUGCAGUUUUCCAUCCAGAUGUGACAUAUGCUCAGGGAAUGAAUGAUAUUCUAAGUCGGUUUCUAGUAAUCCUGCAAGAUGAAGUGGAGGCGUAUUGGUGUUUUACUUUCUACUUAGAGAAUGUGUACACCGAUUUUCUAGAAUCUGGAAUGACUAGAAAAUUAGAAUUGUUAAGGGAUCUAUUAACUGAGAUAGAUAAUACUUUAACGAAACAUCUGGACACCUUGGAAGUGGGGGAUUUAAUGUUUUGUCACAGAUGGUUGCUGUUGUCCUUCAAGCGGGAGUUUGAAUUUGAUGAUGCUGUCUACUUAUUUGAGAUCAUUAGUAGUCAUCAUCUUGAGUUGUCUUCCUUAGAAGCAGAGCGUGUAAGGCAACAGGAAAUUGCCAAAAACUUCCAAGAAUCUGCAGGUAGCAAACAACAUGAGUGUAUGAGGAGUAUGAACAAGGAUUUCACCUUUGAACUAUUCCUGAGCGCCACCAUUCUGAAGCGCAAUCGUGACAAACUGCUCGGUUGUCAAGAUGCGGCCUCUGUGUUCCAGUGUAUUUGUGCCUUAACUAAACAAAUGGAGGUGAAGGUUCUACUUAUUGAAGCUGAAAAACUAUUGUUAAGUUACUGUCGAAAAUCAGUUCGAGAAUAUCCCUGAGGUAAUUGAUAGAAGAGAGACGUGUGGGAAGAUUGGCAAAUUGAAGAGGCUGUAUGUACGAAUAAUGUAAAUCCUUGAAAAAGCGCCGCUCUCGAACAAGCACCGCACCCAACAUUUUUUGUGCCGUUUUUGAAUAAGUGCUACGGCGCCAUGCCAAUAUUUCUUUGUUGAUAAGCGCCGCUCUCAGAUAAGCACAGCACUGAAGCCUAAAAAAAUGUUAUAAGCGCUGCGGCUCUUAUUUGAGGAUUUACGGUAUGCGAAAAGAGAACUGCCAUUAUUCUUAGCACAACUGAACAUUGAUAAUUGCAUUUUUUUAGUGAUCACUGAUUGAUUAGUGAUUGAUCAAUUGAUUAAUGAGAAAAUGAGGAGAUUGGAUGGGUCUGUUGUUAUAAAAGUUAAGUUGGAAUACUUUUCCUAGAAAUGAAUGUUUGCAACUCUAGUGUUAAUAGUCCUAUGCAACAUCCUAAAUAUUAAAUUAUAUAAUUGUAUAAUUGCCAAAACAUUCACAACUCUUUUUUGUUAAAGCCGGGUACUCAAUGAAUCAUACGAUAGUCGUACGACCGGAGAAUAUACCUGCACUUCCCGGGAGUACUUGACGACGCAAAGCCGUCUGCUGAUUGUGAGUGGCUGUCUAAACAGAUUGUCAUAAAAAACAAUCACAUUGGCGUACGACCAUCGGGCGCGAGUGCCCAGCUUACAUGAGACAUGUGGUCCGAAUGUAUUGUUAUUGUAAAAGAUGCUUCCAAAUUCUCUCAGUACAGUACAGUUGUACUAUGUUUACCAAUGAUUUUUAUAAGUACUUUUAUCAGGAAUGUACUAAAUGUUUUCAAAAAGCAUUAUUCAGAUGUAAAUAUUUUUAUAAUUUUGCUAAGUUUAUAAUACAACCAGUUUAUCACACUAAAAGUGAUAUAGUGUGCAACCUCUUGCUAUUAUUAAUAAUAGUGCUAACAUCAAGCCAGUAUUUUUAGCUGCCAUUUAGUGUAAAGCUGCAACUUUUCCUGGCUUCCAAUACCAUGGUCAUGGGUUCAAGUCUUGUCUACUCCCUAAGCCUCAUAAUGAGCCUUAGUUUAUCAAGCUUCACUUUUAAUUUACAAGUGGAAGAUUACUUGCUGUUGAAUCAAAAUAGAAUACAAUUUUAAAAGAAAAGUAUAUUUAUAAAUUUCUGUAAUAUUUUAUGUUUAAUCAGCUUUAAGAAGGGUUAUUAGAUCACCUUAGUAAUCUUGAAUCUAUAACGAGCAAUUAACUUUGUGUAGUUGUUGGCAGAACCAGCUUUUUAAGUUUGUACCUGUGCUCAGGUUACGCAUGACUGCACAUUGUUUAAACAUGAUAGUGAAAACUAUGACAAUCAAUACAGUCAAAACUUCAUCUAACACUUUAAUAGAAGGUAUUAGCUUUAAAUCAAAAUUUAGAACAAAGUGUUUUCCUCAUGAAUUAACAUAUAAUACAUUUUCCUAAUGCACAGAAUCUUGUUUUACUACUAUUGCGGUUUGUUAUAGUGAACUACUAAAAUUUUUACUAGUUUUCAAGUUGGUUUUCGAUCUCCAUGGAGACGAUGCCUGCUUGAUGCGAGUCUCAUUUCCAUGUGUUGUGGGAUUUAGGUGGUCAAAAUUUAAUAAAUAAUUGGUAAGCAAUUUAAGCUUUAUUAAUGCUACAUUCCAAACAAACGGUUUAAAUACCAAAUGUUACUGCAUAUAUGAAUAUUGGUACAGUACAUAAAAGUAUUUAGUAUUAGUGUUAUAAUUCUAAUGAUUUGUUAUACAUUGUAUUUCAGUGCAAAUUUGUUUUGGCCUUUUAAAUAGCAAUAAUAUUUAACAUGAUCUGUGUCGGAAAACACUAGCACUGAUUGCUUGUAAAUACUCUAAGAUAUGCUAUUAUAUAGAGAGACCCAGAAGGUGGUUAGAACAGAUAACUACAACUCUAUGGAUUUACUCUAGCCAUGCUAUGUUAGGCAAAAUACUAAUAUUAGUUGAACACUUUCACUGACUGGUUUCAUUAUUAUACUGCAACCAUAGAGUUUUAACCUAGUUUGGCCAAGUGAUGGAACACUUUUUUGUAUUAUAAAAAAAUUAAUAAGUGGGGAAUAUAAGUUAAGCAGUGAUAGUGGUCGCUAUUUGCAGCUGGUUUUGACCUAGCAAAUAAGUACAUUAUGGAUAUUGGUAUGUAGCUACAAGAAAUGAGAGAUUAUUAUUCAGAUACAUAAUGACAAAAAAAACAAUACAUUUUGCAAAUCUGUGCUUCAAAGCUCUGUAUUUUGAAGUUUUAUACUUAUUUAGAGAUAGUACUGUAUCGAUAAAUGGCCAUUGCUUGUGAAAGUUGAAUCCGUCUUGUGGCCUGUGUAUUAUGUGUGCUGGAUGAAUGUAACAUUAACAUAAUUAUAUAUUUUCAGGUAGGCCUAUGUGUACUGGACAAUUUUACAGCUGAAUUGACUAUAUAUUGUCAUGUAGCGCGCCCCUCUCCCCCCCCCCCAAAAAAAAAAAUUCUUUUUAUUUUAUUUGUCAGUGAUUAUUUAUAUGUCCAACUUGAAUGGAUGCAACUUAUUUAUGCAGUAUAUAUUUUACAUUGACUAAUAUUAGUAACAGAUUAUUAUUUUAGAGUAUUGUAUUAAUGUUAAGUAGUAAUAAACGUACUCGAUUGAAACUGGGAA